GAUUACGUUACAAAUUACAUUUUGAGUGAUGUAAUCAGUAACUGUAAGGGAUUACAUUUUAAAAGUAACCUUCCCAACACUGGUGCUGUGUGUGUCAGAACUGAAUUCAUCAUCCAAAUCCCAUAUGAAAUCGAAUACGUUUCUAUAAGAAAGAGAGAGAAAUACACAUCGUAAUAUAAGGAACAGGUUCGGGUUAGUAUGAGUAAAGGGAAUAAAUAAACAUGUAUGUAACCCUUUGGGGAAAAGAAGAUAAAAUAGUGUUUUUUAUUUUUAUUUUUUCAUUGUUAAAUGACUGUUUUUGUAACUUUGUUACUAGGGAAAUAUUUUUGUGUAAAAAUAGUUCUAAAAGAUGUGGAAAAUCUUCUAAUGUUCUAAUAUCUGUUCAUAUAUGGGUGAAUGUAACUCUGGCGUUUAAAACUGGGGAAAAAAGGCUAGAGUUUGGUUGGAGUAAACAGGGUGAAACAUGUGCUCAGAACAACCUAGCUUCAUGUAAAACUUUUAGUUUCUUUGAUCUUUUUUCUAAUUGGAUAAGCCACAAGGUCUUCACGAGUGAGAGGGGCGGGAGAAGGAGGCUGUAGGAGAGAGAGAGAGAGAGAGAGGAGUACAAACGGCAACAGUACGGCUUAAAAGUUAGUUUUCUCUAUGGCUUAUAGAGUGAAAAAGCGCUAUUAAUAUUUGCAGAAAGUGUCUGCUAGACCUUUUAAUGCAGAGCAGUAGAGUUCUAGAUAAGUAUCUCUGAGUAACUUCCUAACUUUCAGUUAGAUAAGUUAGGGAGCUGAGUGUAUUUAGCAUCUGUUCUAACUUGUGCCUGAGUUUGGCUGGAGAAGCCAGACGAGCGAGGAGAGCUGUUUUGGUCGGAGUGACUGGAACGGAGAGCUUGACUUUGCCUUGGUGAGAGUGAGCUACACCACUCCAUAGCCCGGUUAGCUGGAGCAGCUAGCACGACUCCAGAGCUCCGUCAGUGAGAGUUGCAGCAGAGAGAGAGACAGAGAGUGGGUUUGGACUUGCAGUGAUUAGACACACAGAUGUGAGUUGUGCUGUGGGUACAUGCAGUCAGACAGGAUUUCAGAGGAAUGAGGAAACUCAGUUUAAACUCUGCAUUUCCCAAAAACGACUCUUUACGAGCACAAUAACUUCCUUAACACCUUCCAGUCAAGCUUUUGCAACCGUGGCAGAAACAGCAGUGCACCAAGUGACCGUCUGCAACGUUGCUGAGGAGAGGACACUUCUAAUGGAUCUCCAGGAGAACUGUUCCAGCUUCAUCAAGCUGUAUGAGGAACAUCAGCCUGAACUCCAGCAGAUCAUCACUGCCAUGCGGAUGAGCAUUGAGGAGUUUUUGGAUGACUGCAGAAAAGCAGCCCAAGGCAGGGGUGGAAUACGAAUGCGGAGAGUAGCAGCAGCAGCACUUGGAGCUGGGGUUGGUGGUUUGUUUGUGGCGAUUGGUGCUUUGCUGGCAGCUAUCACUGGCACUUGGCUCUGGGGUGCAUUAGCGACUGUAGUACUGAGUGCAGUCGGGACUGGAAUGCUCACAACUGUUGGUGUUCUUGAGAUGUUCAAAGCCCCCAACAAGCCCUUACCAAACCUAAAGGAUCUCCCAGAGGACAUCAAGAAGUUUAAAACAACAGCCAGCAGAAUCAGCAGCCCCCUGAAGUACAUCUGCAAACACGUGGAGAACCUCCUGCAGAUCUACGGUGACAAAGAUCUCAGAGACAGAGCAGAUGAGCUGUUCAAUCCUGAAGAUUUGCGCACACUGUCCGUACAGGUAGAGAAAACUCUGGAGAUGAUAGACAAUAUCCAGCCAUCUGCAACCACCGUUCCCCACCUGACUGAAGACCCCAAAACACUCAGAGACGUUAAUAAACUGAAGAUCCUCUCCACCGUGCUGGAGAACGAACUGGAGUCGGAAACAGGACGCUUCGUCUGGAGAACGAGAGAGAUGAUCAAUCAUCUGCAGGACACCUUAAAUCAACUGAGGUUCUCAAAGGCAGGGGUGGAGAAGGUGCUCUUACCUAAACUCAGUGCUUCUUAAAGUUUUGGUAGAGCACAUUUUGAGUCACUGAAUGUUGUUUAAAAUGAUGCUGAACUUAACUCAACCUGAUUGUGCCAUCUCGACCAAUCAGUGAAGGCAUGUUACAGUAAAUAUUUACUGGAGGUCAUGCUUUCUUUUAAUAGUACAGCUUUUCAGUUCUCAUCCAUAAAUCUCUCCCCACAUGUGGAUUGUCUGUGAGGGACUUUAAACAUAGUUUUCAGGAUGGAUGGAUGCAGUCAGGGGCAUUGCCUGGGUAUUUAAAGAUCCGGGGCUCAGCCCAGCCAAUUAAGGUCACUGGUGAAGGGUGUGAUUGGAGAUAACCACACCUUCACACUCUUAUUCUUAAAUGUUUUAGACAUUUAUAUAUACAGUUAUUAUUUUUACUGUUCACAUUAUAAUUCACUUAAUAACCUUAUGAUCUCUGCUCUCUUUUUAACUGUCACUAUGACCAAGGCUUUGGAGGUUGUUUUUACUUUUUCAGGAAUCAGGAAGGUCAGAGUGUUUUCAUCAACAAUGAGAGCUGUGAGGAGAACGUGACCCUGAGUGGCAGAGAAGCUUCACUGCUUUUCUGCUGUUCUGGGACCAGUGCAUAUGAACUAGGAGACAACAAGCUCUCUGAGUGAAGUGCUGGGAACCUCUCCUCAGAUAGCCAGCGCAUGCCUGUUCUACACGGCGUAAAGUCACACACAGGCCAGAAGAUCUUUGCAUCCACUCUUUUCCUCUGUUUCCUCUUCUCACAGACUUUAGGACACUUAAGGACUGUCUGCUGUGUUCAUGAAGGACACAGAGCUGAACAACAUCAUGAUAAGAACCUGUUGCUCAGACAGGCUGGAGCGGAUCACGUCAUUGGAACUGGACAACAAACUGUUUACUGGACUCUGCUGACGUAAUCAUAUGAUAAGUUCUGUCCAAUCACAUGUCAUUUGCAAAAUGUAUAACUGCUUGGAUGAAGUCUGAGGAGUUCUCUCUGCCCCUCGACUGGCUUUAGUUUCUUUCUCUUUCUCUCUCUCUCUCUUUCUUUCUCUCUCUCUUUCUCUCUCUCUCUCUGGGUUGUGAAUGUGUUGAUCUAUCGAGAUUUUAUUCGUUGAUGUACUUUUACUCUUUUCUAAUAUAUAUCUAUUAACUUUUGUUCCUUUUAUAUAUCUGUAAUGCUGAAACUAUUUUUCAAGUAAACUUCAAUGUAUUUUAAAUUCUAAGCUCUGACUCAUUGGUCAUCAUUUCAUGUUCUGAGAUUUCUCACAUCCGAGUUUUAUCUAAGUCAUGCUGUGGUAAAUUACCCUACAGCUUUUGGUGUUUCCGCCCGGUCGUGAUAAAAAAAAAAGAAAAAAAGAAUGAUGCUGCUUUGGGCCUGUAAUUUAUGGACCUUCUAUACUGUCAUGACCAACUGCUGUGUAAGGUAGGUUACAUUUAAUUAAGUAAUAUCAAAAGGGCUGGCACUGGGAGUUAAGGUGACUUGCGAGAUGAUGCCCUGGUCCUGGAACAGUACCGGACCAGGGGGGGCUUUUUGGCCUGUUUGCCUUAUGGUUCGGGGGUCCUGGAACAGUACCAGUCCUAGAAACCGGCCAUAAAGGUGUUUGUGUGGCAGUUGGUGGUUUGGUCCUGGAACAGUACCGGUCCAAACGGAGCUUAGAGCUCGUACCUUAUAGUUCGGGGGUCCUGGAGCAGUACCUCGACCACAGAACCUGGCUAUAAGAGUAGUGUAUACUAAUAUUGUCGUAGUCGCGACGUUUUUUCGUCUUGCAUGAUCCUUAUCUCCCAAGUGUUCAAAGGUGGUGCACCACCACAGCAGAUUAGGAGAGGAUGAGAUCUUACCAUCAGAUGAGGUAGAGAAAUAUACCAAUAUUAUAUAUGGCGCCAAAUAUAGAUUAGAUUAGGUAGUGUGAAGCAGUGUGAGGUAGUGUGAGGCUAUGUAAGGGAAAGUAAAGUAAACACAGUUGCAGAAAAGGAUUCUUCACUUGGUCAUGGUAGUUGUGGUCUUUGUGUCUAUGGUCGUUUUAAUCCCAGUUCUAUCGAUUAUUUGGUAAAAUUCAUGUAUAAAGGUUUUCAGCAUUACAGAAGACCUGUUGAUCUGAGCAAGAGAGUCUGUGUGUGUCCUGUCUGUAUGGAGGCUGUGUGUGUGUGGGUUUAAUUCUGGAACUGAGGUACAUUGCAAUCAUUUUUAAAUCAGUUUUGGACCCGACACCCUUUAUUCUGUCCGGAAACCUGUGGGAGGUGGUGAGUUGCCUCAGUAAUUUCUAUAAAAUGUUUAAAAAUUAUAUACAUCUUAAUAUUUUAUCAUCCUAUAUAUCCUAAAGGUGGUGAUGGAAUUUUAAUUUUUGGCAAGAUUUGUUUUUGUAAUGAUGGCUAAACUUCUUUACACAAUUUUGAAACACAUAUUUUGAGAAAUUCAGCUCAGUUUUGCCAACUUUAGGACCACAUCACUAGAUUUCUUUUAGACCAAUCUAGUGAAUUAUUUAAAAUAUACACAUGUAUUAAAAAAAAAUGAAAGUAAGUUGGCAGCACUGAUUCUGGUUUUAGACGUGCCUAAGUUGAUAGGCAGAAAUAGCACAAAAUGGUUCAAAAAGUUAACUCAUGUCUUGUCCCAUAUAUACUUCACUAAAUACUUCACUAAAUAAUUCCAGAUCAGUAACAGUAAUCAACCCAAAUUUUGCAUGUUUGCAAAUAGAUGAAAAAAAAAUAGAUAAACGUAACAAAACUAAAGCUUUGGAGGACAUGAACUGUUUGGUUUUUAUUCAGGAAAAGCCAAUUUUAUGAUUUUAUUCAUUAUAUCAGAUUUACUUAAACAUUUUUUAUAUGUUCUAUUAAAAUUGCAAUUAUGCUUUUCAGUAAUGUCCCUCAUCAAACAUGAAAGCUUAUGUAAUUCUUAUAUAGAAAUCCUGGCCUGUUAAAGAGUUAAACAGGUAAACAAUAGCAGAGUUGACCAUGAAUGAAACCUUGCUAUACCUUGAGAUGUUGUAAUGAACCUACAGUUCUAGAAUGGAAAAUGUGUGUGUGUGUUUAUGUAGUGUUGUUCAAAAGUUUGGAAUCGUUAGCAUAUAAACCCAAUAUACAUAUAAUAAAGUAGGGCAGAAUAUUGAGCCAUGCUGGUACUGUUCAAUGUAACAUGUUUCAUUAUCUUUAUGGAGAAUGCUGUAGAAUUCUGAGGAUGACAGUUUAGUGAAUAUGCGAGACUGCUUCAUGUUUGAGUAGUAGUGAUGAGUUAUGUACAAAUGUCCACAUUGUGAAAGUCAUCCCUGAUUGAAACAGAAAAGAGAUGAGGAUUCCAGGCUUUUGAGACAGUGUGUGUGUGUUUCUGCGUGUGUUGAAUGAAGCAGUGAGAGAGAUAGACAAAACAUCUCUUCUCUGCUAUCUUCUAUCACAUUUGGUGUGUGUGUCUGUGCGUGUGUGUAAGUGUGUAUGUUUCUAACAUUUGUCUAACUCUGAUAUUCUAUAAGCGAAUCUAAUGAUGAAUAUAAUGUGUGUGUGGCUGUGUCAGAAUCGCUCCCUAUUCCAGAAAUAGUGCACUAUAUAGUGUGUAAACCAUUUUUGCAGUACUGUUUAAAACCGCAGCAGUACAUUCUAUUACCUAUAUAGUUCACUAUGAAAAACCUAAUGCAUCACAAAAUUUAGAAAUUCCAAAAUAUACUAUAAUGCAAUGCAGUGCUGUUGUAUUAGACGUCCUCAGAGCAGGACAAACAUGGUUUAUUGUUUGGUUGUUCCAUAAUUCGUUUAGUAAAUAGAAAAUGCUACAUAGUGAAAGAGUUAAUGAGUGAGCCAUUCUGAACACAGCUUCUGUCUUCAUGUGGUUUAGGCCUUUUCUAUUCUCAUUCUUUUCUUAUUGAGACGGAUUUCAGCUCAGUCUCAGCUGAAUGAGAUUUAAAGAAUACACAUAUCUAAUUUCUCUAGUGGUUCUCAUGCAUCUCAGUUUAUGCUGUUCUUUUGAUUCUCUUAAUGAGGAUGGUAGAUUUUAGAAACCAGUAAGGAAAGACCUUACUUUCUUUGGAAAGGUGUAAUUUGACAAACUUAGUAUUGUAUCUAUUACGAGCUGCAGUAAAUUGGGUCUCUCUCUUUUUGACUUUUAAACAAGGAGACAUCAGAUGUUUUUAAAAAAAAAAAAAAAAAAAAAAAAAACAGAGCUUUCUGUUUUGCUUUCCAUAUGUAUUCUAUUUCUCGCAAUGAAGAACUUGCUUGCAUAUUCUUGGCUAUAUUUUGAGUCCCCAUCAGAGCACAACAAUAUAAUGUUAAUGUUUAUACAGUUUAGGAAUAUCAAGCAUUGUUUGGCUGGAAAUAAUUUUUGUUUUAGUUAUUUCAUGAGGCUAAACAAUUUUUAACCAUAUUAUAGAAUUCCUUUCAGGAUUUCUUUUUUAUUAUUUUUUCUUUUAAGGUUUUUUUUUUUUUUUUUUUUGGAGGGUUUAUCUCUUUUGACUGAAUGUUGCACAGUGCUGUUUUCUGGGUGUUUGAGAAGGCGGGGGUGGUGCUCAUCACAGGAGUUUUGAUCCUCAGAGACAGGGUCCUCUGCAACAGUACUGUGAACAUCAUCUGAACCAGAGCACUUCAUGAGGAGAGUCUCAGAUGAGAGACUGUGUUUGGUCCAGCUGUCGGUCGAUGGCUGGACUGCGUCUUUACCGGACCUGUUGUGAUUCAAAUGUUACAGCACUGGUCCAGGAAACUGGUUUCACAUCUGGAAGAACUGAGCGAUCAGAGACCGCUUCAGACAGCAACUGCUCAACCAUCAACACCACCCACCCCCAGCAGCCAAUCAGCCCAGUGGAUCCACCCCUCAGCCUGAGCCAGCAACAGAGACGUGAGACCAGAUUUUUUAUUUUUAUGCCUGUUUACUUUUUUUCCAUUAAAAGGAGUGAUUUUAUUUCAUUUUUGAUGUUUAUGCCUCAUGUAGAAAAUGUUUGGAUAAACUUUAAAUCUGGUGGUGACUCAAAUUAUGACUGUUUUACCUUUCUUUUUAAGAAAAAAAAGGGAGGUUUUAGCUUUUUUUGUUUCUCUUUUAAAUAGUGUUUCUCAUCAAAAACUUUGAUGAAUUAAAAAUAAUAUCUAGUUCAGGAAAAAAAAAUCUUUAAUUUCAUUGUAAACAGUAGCCAAACAUGGUUGCUGGGCAGAUUAAUACAUUAGAGGCCUAUCACACAUUGGCCCUCAAUUUUCACUGGAAAGUUUUUUUUAGGUUUACAUCAUGUAAUUUAUGUUGCCUAAUGACUAUGAUUUGCAUAAAACAUUUUUAAUAACAAUCAUCUCCAUUAAGGCUUAUGUAAGGGAAGUUGUUUACUGGCUUUUGACAAAAUUAAUACAUAUAAACUCAGAUGUAGUUGUAACCAAGCAUGUUGGCUUAAAUAAAAAUCAACCAUUUAAAAUUUUAUUAAUACAUCAAUGUAGACUAUCAACUACAAAAAGAGCUUUGUUUGCUCCAAAAGCUUAAAAAAAAAAAAUAGGGUAAGAUAGAAAUCUUUCUCUUAUAUGUGCAUUAAUAUUAAUGCUAAAUUAAUUCAAUAUAUAUAAUAAUAACUAGCUUGCUAAACCACCAGCUAACAGUCUUGCAACUAUGCCAAACAAGUGAAACUUAAAUAUGUUUUUAUUUUUGCAAUUAAUUUACAGGUAGCACAGUUCGCAAAAAACAUAUAUUGGAACUGAACAAGAAAAAUAAAUAUUAGGCCAAUAACUUCAAACAGGACCACUGCAGCUCAUAGGUUUGAAAUCACUACCAUAGAAACUAGUUAGUCUAAACUUAGGUGGACCAUGCCUACAACAGCUUGUGGACACACACAUUUAAAUUCUAACAUCAGCCAAAUGUUUUUAGACUCAGGUUAACAGACGGAAAAUAAGUUUACAUAGUAUAUAGAGGAAAUGCACUGACUGCAUCAUACUCAUCAGAGUUUUUGGAGGAACUGAACUCUCUAUUUAAUAACUAAAAUAAAAAAGGGUUUUUUUUAUGCUCCUCAGAUAGCCAGCGCAUGCCUGUUCUACACGGCGUAAAGUCACACACAGGCCAGAAGAUCUUUGCAUCCACUCUUUUCCUCUGUUUCCUCUUCUCACAGACUUUAGGACACUUAAGGACUGUCUGCUGUGUUCAUGAAGGACACAGAGCUGAACAACAUCAUGAUAAGAACCUGUUGCUCAGACAGGCUGGAGCGGAUCACGUCAUUGGAACUGGACAACAAACUGUUUACUGGACUCUGCUGACGUAAUCAUAUGAUAAGUUCUGUCCAAUCACAUGUCAUUUGCAAAAUGUAUAACUGCUUGGAUGAAGUCUGAGGAGUUCUCUCUGUCCCUCGACUGGCUUUAGUUUCUUUCUCUUUCUCUCUCUCUCUCUUUCUUUCUCUCUCUCUUUCUCUCUCUCUCUCUGGGUUGUGAAUGUGUUGAUCUAUCGAGAUUUUAUUCGUUGAUGUACUUUUACUCUUUUCUAAUAUAUAUCUAUUAACUUUUGUUCCUUUUAUAUAUCUGUAAUGCUGAAACUAUUUUUCAAGUAAACUUCAAUGUAUUUUAAAUUCUAA